GGCCUUACAUGCUAAAGCAUUCUCCUGCACCGUCAGUCUGUUGCCUCGGUCGGUUCGGAUCGGUUCGUGAUCUUGCUCCAGUGUUUCUACGGUGUUCGGUUCGGUUGUAUGGCGCGUGGUGCAUCCACUGCAGAGGUGUAAUACGCCGUCGCUGAUGAAUGGGAAAUCAUGUGUGUUCAAGGAAAAUGAGUGAUUGCUGAAGUGUUGUAUGUUUUGUGCACCCCGUAGACUAAAUCUGUGCGCCAAUAUGGAGCGACAAAAAAGUGUAGUUCAUGGAUUAAUUUUCCUGCUCGCCCUGACGACCUUUACGGUUGACGGCUAUAAACGAAAUCCCCUUAAAGAUCCUCGCAUAUGCGGACGACCCGUGUGCUCCGAGGCCAACACAAAGUUCCGAUACAAUGUGGGCACGCUGUACAAGUUUGACUAUUCCAUGUACGUGAAGACCGCCCUGGUCGGUAGCGGUGAUAACAUCUCCGAGCUGUACAUAUCGUCCGUCGUCGAGAUGGAUUAUUAUGCGCCCUGCCAGGGUAUUCUGCGACUGUUCUCGAUCGAAGUGCGGGAUCGUCCCGUGCAGGAGACAGAAGAGACGGACUUUGAGUAUGGCGAGGAGCCGGCGGGCGACGAAAGUAACACAUUGGAUCAGGAUGAGGCGGGUGGCGUCCAUCCCAAAAGUGAAACAAUUGCUGAAGAGCUAAUGCGUUUCGAGCUUCGUUUUGCGUUCCACGAUGGCACGAUCAGCGAGAUAUGCCAUGAGGACGAUGAGCCAGUUUGGACGCUAAAUUUGAAGCGUGGCAUCUUGUCGAACCUGCAGAACACGAUGCCACGGUUCGACAUUGACUUUGAAACGACGGAAACGGAUGUGUCGGGCAUAUGCGAUGUGAAGUACAGCACGAACGGUCGCAACGGCACUAGCUUGCUGUUCCGCAAGACGAAGGAUAUCGUCUCGUGCAAGCGACGGUACAAGACUGUAUCGUUUAUUCAAACGGUGGCGUAUGACUUCCGAUCGAAUUAUGUUGCGUGGCCAAUUCUCAACUCUACUAGCUAUUGUGAUAUAUCGAUUGACCGCUCGAUCCAUAAAACUGUGUCCUGCUACGAACGGCAUCAGCUAGAACCGUUCUCAAAUGGCCUGGCCGGUGCAGUGACCGAAACGUUCAGCAAACUGGAGCUUUCCGAUGAGGAGGCAUACACACAGGAAGGACAUCAGGAUGAAAUCGACAUUCAGCGCCGUUCUUCGCUGCUGUACGAUCACACACCGUCGAUACGCGAUAAUCACAACGAAAACAAGGCGGCCCGCGAAUUGCUGCUGGAACUGUGUGCGCAGGGUUUUCCCAACAUUAAGCGCAAUUUCCCGGACGUGUUUCUCAAGUUUCUGACUGCGGCUCGCGCUAUUUCGCACACCGCCCUGGCCGAGCUGCUAAAGCGCUCGAAGUCAACGUGCGACAACGGACCCAACCACAUAAUGGAAAGCUUGCCCUACAUCGGCACGGCCGCCUCGGUAACGAUCAUGAAGGAUCUGAUCGUGAAUGGGGCAGUGCGCCAUCCACUGUCCAGCCAAUGGAUGGGCUCGUUCGCCUACCUGACGCGCCCGAACGAGGAAGUGUUGGAGGUAAUGAUGGAGCUGAUCGAGUAUGGGAAGGAGUCCGGAAAUCAGACCUACCUCCUGUCGGCUACUGCGGUCGUGCACACUUUCUGUAAAAUUAAUGCGGACUGUGCCGAGAUCGAUGCAGUACAGUCGAUCGUACAGUCGCUGGAAGAGGAGUUGCUCGAAACGCUGCGGGAGGCGGGAUCGGAACUGGAGCAGGAUCGACGCAGGUACGAGCGGGUGAUCGUUCUGCUUAUGUCGCUGGGCAACAUGGGCGUGGUGAACAAGCGCUUCAACUAUGAGCUGCGAACCAUCAUCGAAGGUGACCAAUAUCCGACGGCGGUGCGCGUGGAAGCGGUGAACGUAUUUCGGCGCAGCGAUUGUACCCGCACCAAGGACUACUUCUUGAAGCUGUAUUCUUCGUUCCAGCUGGACGUGGAGGUGCGCAUCGCCGCGUACCUGCAAGCUAUGCGAUGUCCCGACUAUCUGUCAGUGAAACUGGUCAAGCACGUGCUGAAAACGGAGGAAGUGAAUCAAGUUGGUUCGUUCGUGUGGUCGCACCUGACCAACCUCGCUAAAAGUGCCUCACCGGUGCGGGUCGAAGCACAGGGCCUGCUGUCGGAAAAUGGCGAGAACUUUGGCAAGAAGUUUGGCCGAGACGUGCGCAUGUUUUCGCGCAACUACGAACAGACCCUGUUUUUCGAUGAGUAUAACUUUGGUUUGACGGUCGACAGUAAUGUCAUCUUCAGCACCGAAUCGUACCUGCCGCGGUCGGUUCGGCUAAACCUUACAACGGAUGUGUUUGGGGAGUCGAUCAACUUCCUCGAGCUUAACGUGCGGCUGGAGGGCUUAGAAGACUCGGUGCACAAGCUGUUCGGUCCGAACGGCACGUACAGCGCCAAGAUGGUUAAUGAACAGCUGAUGCGGUACAUGAAACACUUGCGCCAGUACAUACCGGCCAAAGUUUUGGAGCUGUUUGAAGAUGACACAGUGGAGAGUGAUGGCCUAGACGAUGGUGAUGGCACGGGGCGUGUAAAACGGGCCGUGACCCAACGCUUGCCAGCACUGAUCGCACGGAAAGUGCAGGACGACGUGGAUCAGCUCGGGUACCAUCUGAAGAGCAACUUCAACAAACCACGUUUCACGGUCGGUGUAAAGAUUUUUGGCAAUGAACUUAGCUAUUACACGGACGGACUGGAACUGUUGACCAUAGCGAACCAGCGCAGAAUGUUGGGAGAUUUGUUUUCCGGCACGGAGCAAGCCUACACGAAAUCGUCCGUAUUUUUGGACACUUCGUACAAUGUGCCGCUCAGUUCGGGAUUGCCGCUGUCCCUAAGCCUGAUCGGAGCAUCGUCGAUCGAUCUGCGUAUGACGGGCAUUAUUAAAGCGUUCGAUUUUACCCGCUUUCUGGCCGACAUUGAGGGUCGAAUAAAACCCAGCGUAACGGUUGACCUAACGGCUACGAUGAAAAGCGACCUGAUACAUGCCGGUACGGCGAUCAAGGUAAAGACCAACCUGUACUCCAGCUCAGCCUGGUCGGCCCAUCUAAAGGUACGCGGGAAGGAUCAAGCGGUGCUGCAGGUCAGCUUGCCACAGGAUCGCAACGACAUCUUCAGCAUUCGGUCGGAGAUGUUUGUGUUGACAGAAAAGCGCGAGCUACGCCAGAGCGGCAUCGAGCGUCGCUACUCCAAUUCCACCUGCACCUGGCCCUUUAUCGAUCAGGCGAUUGGUUUGAAAAUGUGCGCAAACUACAGCCUGCCAGACGUAAGUAACAGCAAAGACAUCGAGGUGCCUAGUCUGAUUCUGAGCGGACCGAUCAACUUUGACGUAAGCCUGGAGAAGGCUGACCUGACCGCGAAGAUGUUCGCGCUUAAGUACAGCUGGACCGAGCGGCAAAACCAAACGGUCGUGUCGGUGCUAUUUGAGACGCCCAACUCACACAUUCCACGCAUAUUCCGUGCCAAUGUUACGCACGAAUUGCACCGCAAAACGGCCAGCUUGUCGUUCGUGAACGGGAACAUCUCGCACAAGGCGCUUGCGAUCUACAUCAACAACCCGGACCAGCAUCGCCUGGAGGUGUCGUUAAAUGUGAACGAGCGUAAGUAUCUGGCGUACGGUAUGGGUUACAACAAAACCGAAACUCGCAACGGGCGGAUGUACUAUCCGUCGUUCUAUCUGUCGGUAAACAACGAACGGAUCGCUGGCAUGAGCGGUCAGGUGAGACAGAUGGAGAAGAACAACGUUACCCAGUGGGACUACACGAUCAUGUUCGAGACGAAGCGGGUACGGGCGAAGACCAUCGGUUACCUGUCGAUUUCGAACGAGGCAACUUACAUGCUGCACAACUCAAUGGAAUAUCGGUUUUCAUCGAGCAAACCGCAAAGUUUGGUGAUCAACGCGUUGGCAGAAGCGAUUAAGAAGGAUCUAAUGAUGUACCGCGGUAACUUUGACCUGCGGUCCAGCGCUUACCCAAAGUUCGAUGUAGCGCUCAAUGCAACGUUGCUACAGGGAAUAGGCCGGUUUGACUUUACCUUGCUGCAUAACAAUGCACCGGACCUGAGGAGCGAGAAGCACCUGACGACGAUUAAAAUCAUAUUCGCCAACGACAACCCGUACCGCAGCCAACUGAUACUGGCGGCCAAUAAUCAGCCACCGGUUGAGAAUCCGGCAGGACGGACCAGCCUGUCCUUUGAAGUGACCAACAAACAAUCGAAGGUUGACGUGAAGGCAAUGGUUGUGCAUGAAAAUAUGCUGAAGAAGGGAGUGGAUCAUACGAUCCGGAUGCUCUUUCGAUAUGCCCCCGACCGGGACGUAGUUGGGGUGGUGUCUGUUUCCCUGCCACGCUCACAGCUGUUUCGGUUCGAGAGCAUGUUUAAUCUGACCGUGCCUGGUUUUCAUCCCUGUACGGGUUCGUUAAGGGUGAUGGAAAAAACCCAGAAAGAGCAUAGCUUUGAUUUCAAAGGUAUCUGGUUUUCGGCGCACGCACUGAAUGUUAGCGGCUGGUACAAGGAUCGUAGCUCGAACGUGAAAAGCUACCAUCACGCGAAGCUGGCGGCACAGAUUGGGCCCAGCUUCCGGGAAGCGUACGGCGAGCUGAAAUACAUUCAGGAUGAGUAUGACAACCGUUUGAGCGUGAAGGCGAUGUACGAUAAGAAACCGUACGGGAUCAUACUGCAACAUACGCAGCAGGUUGAGAACGGAACCAAGAGCUACGCGCAGCUGCAGUGGAAGGAUGAGCAGUAUUGGUUUUCGGCCCUUUUGAAAUCGGUACCGGUCAAACAGCUGGAUGUGGAGCUACACAUUGACAAAGUCCGCGACGUAAGCGUGUCACUUCGAGGUUAUUCCACGCCGGCCAAGCGGGAAAUCGGUGUCGAGUUCAAGUGGGACGCAAACCGGGAUCCAACGCAGCGGGUAGCUCUGUCGGGCGAGUUAAACACCCCGAAGGAUCGGGUUUACGAUGGCCUGUUUCUACUGUCCUAUCCCAACCGGACGUUUAGCGGUACGUUCGAUUCGAAGCUUACCGAUCUAAGAUACUUGGCGAACGCGCGCAUUUCAUGGAACACUUCCGAAGCGAUCGUACUGCAUCUGGAUGCGCGCAAAGACGACUACAUCGUGCCUAAAAUGUCGCUGCUGUUCGAAUUGAACUCAACCUUCCCGGACUGGCCGCAAAAUGUGCUGAACGGUACGUUCGUCUUGCGGGACAACAAAUUGAUUACGAACCUGGUAGCCAACUGGGCCAAAGACAAUCAGCUCGCGCUGGAGCUGAUGGGAUACUACCUGUCCAACGAAACGAUAUUUGACUGCGAGCUAGACACGAAGCUCAUAAGUACGAUCAAACCAGUGCCUACGGUGAAGCUGCACUUGAAGCACAAAUACGUGGCCAACAAGUUCGAAACUAUAUGCUCGGUCAAACAUCAACCAGCGAACCAGGCGCCGCAGGUACUGUCCGUCCACUCUAACUGGCAGUACGAUGUGGACAAACAGUACACCAACAUAACGGGAUCGCUGAAGCUGAUUAGCCCGUUCGAGAGCUACCGGACCGGUGCUCUGGUGACGAAGAUAUCUUUCAACGAAAACCGUGCCAUAACCGGGGCGGCCGAAGUGCAGCUGGACGAUGAUCAGUACGCAAUGGUGGUGGAGGGCCAUGUACGUAAUCUGGUCGAUUGUAUGCUGACGACCAACAUCACCUCGUCGAACGUCAACUAUCGCAACAUCAAUGGGCGCUUUGGGGUGAGCGAAAAGCAUCGUCAUCUGGUGGCGGAGGUUAUUACGCCGAAAACUGCACUGGGCAUCGAGCUGCUGUACGCCGUCGUCUCCACACAGAACUUUGACGUCAAGUUCCAUCUCGCCACCCCGCUAAAGGAGUUCGAGAAGGUGAUUCUACGCGGCAAGCUCCAGGCGAAUAAUAUCGAUUUCCGUGCCGGUAUGAACAACAUGGUGCUGGGCUGUACGGGUGUGUGGCGCAAGGCUCAUUUGAAAGAUUUCGAGUACUCGUAUCGUAUCUACACGCCGCUGCAAAAGUUCGAGGAGAGUGCGCUGAUCGCAAAGGUGGUCAUCGACAGCGAGCGGCCCGAGUACUUCGACGUGGAACUGUCGGGCAAGUUUUCGGAGUACAAGCUGGGCUUGAAAGCGAUUUCGAAACCGAAGCCGAACCUGAUACUGCAGCUGCUCGCACAGACGGCGUCCUCGAUGGUCGAGGAGAGUCUGUGGAGUGAUGAGACUGCCCUUGAGCUGGACGAGGACGACGAGGAGGAAGAGGAAGAGUACGUCGAUGAGGAAGAACAACAGAAUUUGCUAAACGUUAUCGGUGACAUUGAGCUGUACACGAUUGUGCUGCCCACGAUCGUGGGUACGUUGGAGCUGACGGAGAAGAAUUCGCAGUAUCUAGCGAACGGUAAGCUUAAGCUGCCGCAAGGCGACAUCGACAUCCGCGAUCGGUUCUAUCUGAAGGAUUUCCUGAACAUGCAAAACAAUUUGCGCCUCAAGACACCGUUCCCGGUGGCGAACCAGAUAACGUCCGACUUUGUGCUAAAGUAUUCGUACGUUGCGACGGACAUAACGGUGGGCAUGAACGUGAAGUUCGAAAAUCGUUCAGAAUGGGUCAAUACCGGGUUCCGCGUGAACUACAAGUACAGUUUGGAUGAGGCGGAGGUGCACAAACAUCAAGCGCUGGUAGAUCUGAUGACGCCGAUGAAAAAUUUGCAGAAAGUUUUCCUCAACGGAUCGCUCGAGCUGGAAGACCACAGCUAUAAGGGCAAUUUGACUGCGAAAACCAUGACCACCGAUGCGUCGUUGGCCCUGUCGUUUGAAAGCGAAGAUGAGUUUAUCGACACGUACAUGAGCCUUUGGGUGCGAGCCCCACUGAUGCCCUACUAUGCCUGCCGGGUGUUUUACAAGCAAGAUUUCUCCAACACCGAAAACUUGAUGGAUUUAGGUUUCAUGGUCAAUGACGGUGAUUUGUAUAGCAAUUUCCGUAUGGAUGGAAGCUGGUCGUUUGCGAAACCGCACUACAUAAAGGGCGCCGGAAAGUAUCAAUCCAACUUCCUGCCGAUUAAUCUCAUCAACACCGAUUUCUUAAUCACCCGAUCGCCGCUGCCCAAAGCCUACUGCAAUGUAAAGUUCUACGACAAGAAAGGUGUGGUGGAAGAGAUCCGAGCUAAAGCGGAGCGGAACCGAGAGAUGUUCUCCAUCGAUCUUAGCGUACCGAUGGAGGAUUAUAGGAAUCUUUCCAUCCACGGACGCCUGCAGCAUCGCCAGGGCAGCGAGUACGCCGUAUCGGGACAGCUGUUCCGUAACGAGUAUGCGUUCCAGUUGGAAGGAACCGCAACGAUCGCUGACGACAUUCCCUACCGAGCGGAUCUUGUGUUCCAACCGCUUACCGCGGAAGGAUCGAUAGGAUCGAUACGGUACCGGUGCAGCAGCAACGAUUCGCCCGUCACCGAGUUGAACCUCGAGCUUGAAAGUGGGGCCAAGGUAGCGAAACUGGACAGUAGCUUUAAGCUGUCCGCAAUGUCGGAUUGGUUUGUGACGAUGGGUCUAGAGUCAUCCGAGCCGAGUCUGAAAAAUGUCGAUUUGAACAUCGGCAUAACCCCGGAAGCGAAUGGAAAAGCGCUGGGCAAGUUUAAGCUCAAUUCUCCCUGGAUACAGUAUGGCAUUGAUCAGGCCGAUGUCGAGAUGAUGUUCGAUGUGCAACCGAUAUCUGGCUCGGUUGUUGCACGAUACGCUAUUCGCGAAGUGUCAGGUGACGCCAGCUGCUUGUGGAACUGGGCACUAAAGUCGGACAUGAAGUUCGCACUGGAGAAUCGCGUUGUGCGCAACUCGGUGGAACGUUUCUUCCGCACGGGCGUACGGUAUGUGAGCCCGGAUCUGGAAAACAACCACAACUUUACCUUUGGCGGUGAUCUCAACUUGAACAACAUUUGGAUAUUCAGCGCCAACGCUUCGGUAGACUUUAUUUCCAUCCGUGACGUGUCGGCUGUAAUGAAGGUGCUACUGCCGAAACCGGUGGGCGAUGUGCACACGCUGGCGUUUGUCAUGAACGGCGAUUUGCCGUUCAUGGAUAAGGUGAAAACGUUCAACAUGGAAACGUCGUACGAAACGGACGAAAGCCGCAAACGAUACGCUUACCAAACGGAGUACAGCGGUAUCGGUGAUCAGCGAGUGUUGGUGCGCUUUGACUGGGGUCCGGACAUUCGCAAAGAAAGGAUUCAGACGACGCUGAACAUAUUCCGGAACGGGGAUCAUCGUGAGUUGAUGGCACGUUUGCGGGGACCGUGGUAUCUGGAGGAUGCAUUUUCCGCUCACGGAACGUUCAACAUUGUCGACAUGCUGUAUCUGUUCAGUGGUAACAUUUCGGUACCGGCCUCGACGAAGGUGGCCAGCGCCAAUGUAGCAUUCACCAAUCUAUCCAACAUGAAGGGUGACGUUAAUUGUACCACCCCGUUCUUGAAUGUAUCGUGGAUACACGGGCAGCUAGAGUUUAUUGAAACGCCGCUGGAAUCGAUACGGUAUCUGAAGGGCACGUGGCCGGAAUCGAGCGCUAUUUUCGAUGCCAAGGCAACCUAUCGAAACAACAAUCUUGACCGCGAGCAGCAGGGAACCAUCAAGAUCGAAGUACCGCUGCAAACUAGACAUUUUGCGGAGGUAAAGUAUGGGCUAGCACAGCGACCUUUGAUCACGAAUGGUCACGCAGAGAUUGACUAUAAUAGCGAAAAAGUGCUGAGCGGACAGUACACUUCAAAGAUGGAAUCAAGAGCUGGCUUUGAUAAGGAAACGAUAGACGUGACACUGGAGAACAAGCGCAUGCCUGUAGGAGUACAUUAUGUGCACUCGGUAAGCACGUCCGAUCCAACCAUACAAUCGCUGGACAUCAAGCGUGCCGAAAUAUUCCAGCUGCGCAAUCAAACAAACUUCAAGAUAAGUGGAGAGCUGCACGUGCUGAGCAAGGAGAUGGGCAACGAGUACCUCGUGAAAGCCAACCACUCGAACCGGACCGUGGUGCUGACAGCCGAUUUCGAAGAGGACAAUAAUGUGAGCAAAAAGAAAUCGAAGCUACAACUAUCGCCCACCGUGUGGAUUGCUUACGAUUUUAAGCUCACCAAUCGCUCGCGGGACGAUUUGGCAUCGCAGAACUUUACGCUGCAAAUAUCCUACCCGAAGCGUAACAUUUCAGCCGACGGGUGGUACUCGUACACCAAGCAAGCAUUCGAUUCGGACGUAACCUUCUCGUACAGUCCAAAUCGUACCGAGAGUGCUGAUGAGGAAGGGGAAAUUCCGAAGCAACGAACGAUGCGCGGCGGGAUCGAGUGGCGCGAUCUGGACAACAGUACCACCAAUGGGCAGCAGAUUCGUGUGUCCGUUGGACAUCCCAGCUUCCAGCAGGACGUCACGAUGGAUGCCCAUUACGUGACUGAUCCGAAGCGCUGGUUCAGCUCGAUGGUGGAGCUGCGCUACAAUGACGACGAUGAGCAUCUGGUGGCGAUGGGUUUUAAUUUGAACGAUUUGAAGCCGGUCGUAGGAUACUGGAACUAUUCGUACCAUCUGUUUAGCAGACACGAUGCAUCGGAUUUGGAUAUGGAUUCGAUCGGAUCGAUCGGCUUACGGCCCGGACUGUACGGUGUCAGUUCGAACUCGCAUUACAAGCGUGCCUACCUGUCACAGAUGCACGGACAUAUGCUUGGCUCGUUAAACGUGCACCAGAAGGAAAUGCUUUAUGAGCGAAUUACGUCCCACAGCAAAUAUCGCCUGUGGACAAAGGCAGCUGGUGCAUAUCCGGUGUAUCUGAUCAAUGGCACACUGUUGGAUGGCACGGACGUAGACGCCGUCGGCUUUUUCCACCUGGAUGUGGACGAAAGAUUGGUGCAGAUGAAGAUAAACGUGACACCGGACGGUUCGGAGAACGUGUACAUGUACGGCAUUGUGCCUGACUCGCGCAGUGCGUAUUUCGAUUUCUGGCGCGAUUAUGAUAAUGCGCGCGAAGUCGACGUGACGUACUAUCUGAAGAUGAAUCAUUCGCGGCUAAUUACGGGACACCUGCUGUGGCGACCCCAGAUCAAAGCGGACGUACAGAGCUGGAUCAAGGAUUACGUGAACCGGAUGCAGCACGGCAUGCUGGAGUAUGCCGAGUUUUGGAUCAAGCAUGUGUACCUAGAGUCGAGGGACACAACGUGGGGCAUUUACGAGGCCGCAUUGCCCUACGUAGAAGGGUUGUUUGAGGAUGUCGCCGGUUUGGCCGUGCUGCAGGACGAUCUGGAAGAUUUGGAAAGCUUCCUGAACGCGUCGUAUGCGGCGGACGAUUUUUACAUUCGCUCCGCUAUUAACUUUACCGUCACGGUGCUGGACGAGCUGGCCAUAAGGAAUAAGAUAACGUCUCUGCCCAAGAUUCUGACCGAGCUGUGGCAUGUGAUGGGCGAAUCGGGCCAAGCGUUUGGCAAAUCGAUCACCUGGUUGCUGGAACACGUGAAGUUAUCGUAUCAGAAGCUGAUCGAUAUUAUUGGCAAAAUUUUCCAAGGCGACGGUACCCGGUACCUGGCAUCCACGCUCGAAAGCUCACUGGAGCGUUAUGAUAAGUUCGUAAAGGACAUCCAUUUGCAGUUUAUAAAGCACAUUCAAGAUAUUUGGGAUAAGACGAUCGUGAUGGCAACAUCAUUCUGGCACCAGCUGCUACAGAACAUAGAGCCUACGAUAAUCCGGCUAGCGCAUUACGGUGAAUCGUUGGGCUGGUAUGUGGGGAAUGAAAUAUUUACCUUUCUGUACAACAAAACCCAGGAGAUUGCAGACUCGCCAUACUUCAAUACGGUCACCAACUUUACCCAAGAUCUCGACAAUCUGUACAAGGAUCUGGUGACGGAGGACAUUAUAACGAACUUGAGCAAGUACUCGUCGAUAGUGCGUCGCUUCCUGUGGGAAAAGUACAUGAAGGUGGUACCGUUCGCACGGGAGCUGCACCACGUAAUGGAGGGCCUGAAGGAAGAGAUCAAGGAGCUGCGCAAGAUCGAGUUUGUACAGUUCUUCCUGCAGCGUUACGAAGAGGCACAAGCAAAGCUGGAAUGGCUUGCCGAAGAGUUCCAGAUCAACAGGCGGCUGAAGCAAACGUGGCAAAUCCUGCGCAACAAGCUAACGCACAUAGCGCAGACCGCGCUGCAGACGGAAAAUCAUUACCGCGAGGCCAAGACCAAGUUCAUAUUCGAUCCCGACCAUGGCGUGAUUGAGCUGGAACAAAAGUUGCCCAUGUCGUGGCACGCGUUCAAUGAAACGCCCAAGUUUGAGGAAAUUCCGGAGUUUAAGUACAUCCACGAUAUACAGGAUCUGUUUGCCGGCAGCAAUAUGACGGUCUGGACGCUAUGGAAUCAAGUGUGUGCCCAUGCGAGGCCUCAAAUGUGGUUGCCACCGUUCAAGAGCGUUGGCUUGCUGAUCGGUUCGAGACACUACAUGUCGUUCGACAAACGUUUCCUUUCGCUCGAGUUAAACAACUCGAACAGGUGUCGGUAUCUGUUGGCGCACGAUUACCACCAGCGAACGAUAACGCUGCUUUUGGAACCAUCGGUACAAAGGUAUGGGCAACCUUCCCGGCAGAUCACUCUCAUAACGGAGCAAGACGAGCUGGCGAUCGAUGUGUUUAACAUUUCGGUGAAAAUUAACAACAAAGAAGCAACUGCAUUGCCCGCAAUGAUAGGCACCGAGACGGUAGUUUUCCAAGAGUCGGACCUGCUGUACGUCGAGUCACAGCGGGGCUUCCUGCUUGCCUGCAGCCUCCGGUACCAUCUCUGCUGGCUGGAGUUGGAUGGCUGGUACUUUGGAAAGGUGGCCGGUUUGCUAGGCACCAUGAACAACGAACCGUUUGACGAUCGAAUCACCUCGUCGAAUCGAUACAGCGAAACGGACGAACAGUUUAUCGAUAGCUGGGCACUGCCGGGAUGCAGUACGCCCAUUGCCACAACGAACCACACCAGCAACUUUUACAGUGCUUCGAACGAGCUUAGCCAGCUGUGUGAUUCCUUCUUCCGCCAUAAGCUAUCGUACUUUGCCUCCUGUUUCCCCAUCGUGGACGUGACGCCAUUCUAUGAAAUGUGUAUGGAUUUGGGCAACAAUCUUGUGCCGCACAGGAACGAUAACUCUACCGAUCGCGGUGCCUGUACGGCCGCACUGGCAUACAUCCAGGCCUGCAUGCUCGAGGAUACGCUUUUGCGCGUACCGGACAGUUGCAUCAGCUGUUUGCUAAUGAAUGGUAGUUACGUACCGGAAGGAUCCUUCGUGCCGUUGCGCGACGAAGCCGUUCCGAAUGCGGCCGACGUUGUGUUCAUCAUCGAGGCGAAACCUUGCAACGAUCAGUUUGUGCAGACCAAGAGCAUCAAUCUGCUCGUGGACGGUAUCUAUCGGGAGCUGCAGGAUUCCAACAUACAGGACACACUGUUCGGUGUGGUGGCGUUCGGUGGUGCGGCACCGUUUGAUCGUGCACACAGCGUCGUGGUUGGCAACAGCGUGUUUGAAACGCACGAUCGGUUGCAACCGUUCUUCGAUCACAUCACAAUCGGCAACGGUACGAAUGAGGACAUUUUUGAUGCAAUCAUCAAAGCUUCGAAGCUUAUCUUCCGCCCUGGCGCAUCGAAAACGUUCAUAGUGCUACCGUGUUCGCGCUGUUUUGCGUCCCGUAUGAAGCUGGACUAUUCUUCGCUUGCCCAACUGCUCGUCGAGAACGACAUCAAGCUGCACAUACUGGCCGACCAUGAACUGUCGUUCCAGAAGUCACGCGUGUCCCGGCUCUUCUACGGCAUGGACAGCGGUCUGGCUUACACCAAGAAGGACGUAAAGGAGCUGAAGGGUGAUGCGGAUCUGCGGCGCCAGAUUCAGCUGCCCAAGGCAACGCUCGGCGAGUGUAUUGCGCUGGCGCUGGAAACGGACGGGUCCAUCUUUGGCGGGCACAAACUGCGCCAGGAUCGGUCCAACUCGAACCACACGAAAAAGUUUAUCAAGGUGUUUGCGAAACGUAUCGCUGCGUCGGCCAAACCGAACAGCUGCCAAACGUGCGAAUGCACCGGUCACAAUACCGGUGUGGCGUACAUGCAGUGCACGCCCUGCUAUUACCCUUCACCGUUCUCGAUGGACGAUGACGAUAUGACGGACGAGAUGUUCCUUUCCGUGAUGCAGCCCGAUGAUGGUGACUUUAUGUUCGAAGGUUCCGACGAUUAGUUUAGCUGAGACGAAGGUGGCGUGAGAGAUGGGAAGAUAACGUAGGCUUACAAACAUUAUACAAUUUUAUGCAGCUUAUUAAACUUAUCAGACAGACGAACAAAUCAGCUAACAAAAUAGAGGAGCUCUCGUUUGUCUGUGAAUGCAAAAUAAAUAAAGACACUUUGCGCGCUUAGGAAAGAUUA